AUGUCCUCCCCCGAGUCAUGGAGUAAACCGGGCUCCUCGAUCAUCGUGAGCGGACACAUCGGCCGAACGAGAAAGGUCGGCAAGAACCUGGCAUUCGCCCACCUGGAGCGCAACGGAGAACGAAUCGGUCAGAUCUGCGCCAAGGGCGACAAUGCUGCUACACUAGCAAAGAUUCGCCCCUUCAGCGCCGUGUUGGCGAAGGGCGUAACGACAGACGCAUCAGGCGCGACACGAUUCGAGAUUGACAUGGACUCGAUACAAUACCUCAACCCGUUCCCCAAGGACAUCAUCGUCGGCCCGGAUACCGUAUUUCCGCCAGAGCAGCGCCAUCUUCAGCUGCGCUUCCACAAGGAGCUGAAGGAGAGGCUGCGCUUCCGUGCGCAGCUCAAGUCGUCCAUGGGGCAGGCGAUGGUGGACAGGGAGUUUAUGGACGUCGAGACGCCCAUCCUCUUCAAGUCUACCUCAGAAGGCGCAAGAGAGUUCAUUGUGCCAACGCGGCGGCCAAGAUAUGCUUAUGCGUUGCCGCAGAGCCCACAGCAGUAUAAGCAGGUUCUUAUGGCCUCUGGCAUGGGCGGUUACUACCAGUUCGCGCGGUGCUUCCGUGAUGAAGAUCAUCGCGCAGACCGUCAACCCGAGUUCACACAGUUGGAUAUGGAAAAGUCCUUUGCUACAGGCAAGACCAUCAUGGAGGACGUGGAGUACGUCGUCGGCCGUGCUUGGGAUGUUGUAAGAGAACAAUACGUCAUGGAAGUGGGAGAAGACUCAUUCGCGCCAGUCAGGAAAGCAUCACUGGAGGACUGGGAACAAAGCGUGCAGGACAGCACGAAAGAUGACGCGAAAGCACCACUCUACCAAGAGUACCCUGCCAUCUCUACGCCUUUCCUGAGAAUGAAGUACACCGACUGCAUGGACCUGUACGGGUCUGACAAGCCGGAUCUGCGCAUUCCCAACAGGAUAUGUCGCGUUGACGAAAGCCUCAACAAGGGCUUCGUCAGCAUGAUCACCGAUCUCGACACACCAAUCGUCGAAGUCUGGAAGAUCAGCCCACACGAAGAUGCCGACAGGCGGGACGUGUGGAAGUUCGUGACCGAGUUCAUGGAGAACCUUCCCAAAAGCCUAUCACAAAACCCAGACGGCGCUCCCACAGCCCUGAUGUUUGACAGCAGUAAGCCGCUCAACGGCUUCUCCGCCCUCGGACCCGAAGGUCUAGACAGCAUCCUGGGAUCUCUCCCCGAGGAAGCCGGCUUUUCGUCGCUCGAGAACGGAGACAUUGUCCUGUUCCAGGCGCGCAAGAACCAACCCCAGCAAGGAGGCUCGACAAAGCUCGGCGAGGCGAGAAUCGCACUCUACCACGCCGCCGUGGAGGCCGGCCUCCUAGACAGGGACGACACCUUCAAAUUCCUCUGGGUGACCGACUUCCCCAUGUUCACCCCGGAAGAGGAAGGCGACGUCGGACAGGGCGGCGCGUCGGGCUUCUCGGCCACCCACCACCCCUUCACGUCCCCCCAUUCCGAGGAGGACUUUGAGCUCCUCUUCAAGGACCCGCUCCGGGCCAAGGCCGACCACUACGAUCUCGUUCUCAACGGCGUGGAGCUCGGCGGCGGCAGCCGACGUAUCCACAUUGCCGAGAUCCAAGAGUUCAUCUUCCGCGACAUUCUCAAGAUGAGCCAGGACAAGAUUAAGGAGUUCUCGCACCUGCUCAAGGCGCUGCGGGCGGGGUGUCCGCCGCACGCGGGCUUCGCUAUCGGCUUUGACCGCUUCGUGGCCGUCCUGAGCGGCUCGUCUUCCGUCAGGGACGUUAUUGCGUUCCCGAAGAAUAAUAAUGGCGUGGACGAGUUUGCUGGCGGGCCGGGCAAGAUGACGAAGGAGCAGCUCUUGACGUACAACCUGCAGUUCCGGAAGAAGGAAUGA